AUGGAGUCUGGAAAUGUCUAUAAUGCCCCUGCUCUUCAUCCCCUAGGGCUGCUACCCAACCACACUCAUCAUCAAGAAUCUUUGAGUUUUCUUCAACAAUUUCCAUUGAUGAACACUGUUGUACCAUCAAAGCCCUUCGAUCCCUACUUUUCGAUGACCGGAUUAGGGUUUCCGGGGCUCGAUGAUCCGUAUGAAGGGAUUGCUGUUCAUGCUACACCCUUGCAGGGCUUCCAUGGGAGUGAGUUCUUGAAUUUUUCGAAUGCUAAGGAUGUUUGGAUGGAUGUCGGGAUGGGUUUGGGCGAGACCGAUCUUAAGCCCGAUGCGAAGUUUGUUAUUCCCGAUGAGAGUUCAUGUGUGACGAAUGCUAAGAACAAUGGUGGCGGUGGAAGAAAUGGCGUCAAAAGAAGCAAAAGUGUGAAUAAGAAUAAUUUGAGUAUUCGGGCGCGAUCUUCAUUGGCUAGAAUGACUAAUAGAGGGUCAAAGAAGUCGAAAUCGAUGAAGGGGCAAUGGACUAUUGAAGAGGACAAGCUUUUGAUCCGUCUAGUUGAGAUAUACGGAGUGAGGAAAUGGUCGCAUAUCGCGCAAAUGAUGAAGGGAAGGAUCGGGAAACAAUGCCGCGAGCGAUGGCAUAAUCAUCUUCGACCCGACAUAAAGAAAGAUCAAUGGACCGAGGAAGAGGAUCGGAUCCUAAUCGAGGCUCACUCACAAAUCGGAAAUAAAUGGGCCGAGAUUGCGAAGAGACUUGCCGGGAGAACGGAGAAUUCAAUCAAGAACCAUUGGAACGCCACAAAGAGAAGGCAAUUUUCGCGGAGAAAAUGCCGAACCAAAUGGCCAAAACCUAGUUACAUUCUCCAAAACUACAUCAAAAGCCUCUAUUCGGAGAAAGAAGGGGAAAAAAAAUUGAAAAAUGGCGAAACUCCACCACCGGAGACUGGAGAUCUCGAAACCCUAAAUGAUGCCCUAGCCAAUGUCACCGAGUUCGGCUUAACAUGUGAGAACGAGUACGAUAACCUUGAUGAUGUCCUCAAUUUCACCUUCGACGAUUUUCAAGUGUUCGAUGGCGCCGGGAGCAGCAUUGACUCGUCCUUAGGUGAUGCUCCUCGCGGUCUUCUUCCCUCUACCGUCGACGAAAACGAUGAAAAAUCGUACUUUCUUCUUGAAUUCCCUUUCGAUGUGGCCUCCAUUGUCGAUCCUAUGUGA